AGCGAGUUGGCAGUCCCGCCAUUGUUUUUGUUUUGCUGGCAAGAGCCAGAGAAAUUCUUAAUUUUAAUUAUUCGAAUUUAGGUCUCUGGCACUGCCAAGAUUUACAAAAAAUGGAGACGGUUGGCACGGCCUUGCAGGCGGACAAAUCCCCGGAUUGCCGUACCAGCGGCGAUGGCAUGGAACAGCCGGAAAACAGUUUGGUGGCCAAAACAGAGAGUGAAAUCAACCAGAGUGCUGAUGUGGGCACUAAGGCGAAGCGACCUCAGCUGCAUCGCAAAGACAGCACGGUGGUUCAGGAGGCGGCGAUGGGCAGGAAAACAUCCACAAGCAGUGGACACGGCUCCAAUCUACCCCUUCCCGGCCUGCACACGCUCUACAGACGCCCCGAAAUCGUGACCAGGAGUCUGGGUCCUGCGAUGCCCAAGGGCGAACUGGUGCAGAUGCGACCGAGGUUGGUUACCAGCCAAGAGACGCUACCCGAACACAAGAAGACCAAGCCCCCGAAGUUUGUGCCAUUCGAGCCGUAUCCGGGUGCCGUGAAUCCCAUGAUCCCCACGUCCGGGAACAAGCAUAAAAUUCAUCGUGACAAGAAUAACCUGGACAUUGCAGUGCUGGUGGAUCAGGUCUCCACGUUACGGACUCAAGAGCUGGACGCGGAACCGAAGAACGUUGAGGCCGGCGCAGCCAGUAGCCAGGAGUUGGCCUCCGUCAAGGAGGAGCUGGCGAAGAUGCGCGAGGAAAGGGACUACUUUCAGGGGCAGUACAAGUUCCAAACGCAGGUGAACAGCGAACUUAAAAGCCUGCUGGUGGCCUCCGUCGGAGAGGAUCUGCAAACCCGUGUUAACGUCUUGACGGAGGAUAAACUGCAGCUGGCAAGGGCACUCCUGGACACCGCUAACAACCUGACCACCCACACCGAACAGAUUGAGUUUCUCGCAGGCCAGUGCGAGGUGUGGCGAUCCAAGUUCUUGGCCAGCAGCGUCAUGGUCGAGGAGCUGGCCCGCUGGAAAGCCGAUCUCACACAGAAGAACCAACUGCUGAACGAGUCCACAAAGCAGCUGCUGCAUGCCACCCAUCAGAUUCGCGAGAUGCAGCUGGAGAUGCUUAAACAGCUCAAGUUCCUGGCCAAGAUCCGAUACCUUAACCUGCCCGCCACCGAUGUGAUCAGCCUGAGCGCUGAGAACCUGAACAUUCUACAGCGUAUGGUCCUGCACACGGGCGUGGGCAUUCCCGAGGAGUCCCUCAAGCUCUCCAGUGCCAGUACAAGUCCGCUCUGCGAGGCGGAGAAGUAUGCAGUCAGGGCCUUGGAAUUCAUCAGUCAGCCCCUGAUGGCCACCGAUGAAGCCAUACGAGCUCUUUUCGACCAGGCCCAGCGGCCCCACUAUGUGCAAUCCCCUGCCUCUGAGGCGAAUGUUAGCGAUAAUCCUCAACAAGAGGCACAGCAAUAAUUUAUCCAUUAUAAGAAGUCCGUGUGAGAUGUGUGUUUAGGUCUAAUAAAUUUUAUAAACAAUCAACAAUGAUAAA